AUGGCUCCAUAUGAAGCUCUUAUGGGAGAACAAGCAGAUCUCCUAUUAGGUAGUUUGAAGUGGGUGAACAAGGUUAAUAGGACUAGAACUAGUUCAUCAAUCCAUGGAGAAGGUGAAGAUGUUAGGAGAAGCUCGUUGGAGUUUGAGGUAGAUGUUUGGGUAUAUCUGAAAGUUUUAAUGAAGGGUGUUAUGAAGUUUGGUAAGAAGGGGAAACUUAUUCCCUGGAAUAUUGUCCCUUAUAGAAUCUCCAAGGGAAUUGGGACUGUAGCUUUUGAGUUGGAUCUACAACAAGAGUUAGUAGCAAUUCAUCCAAUGUUUCACAUUUCUAAGUUGAAUAAGUGUGUGGGUGAUCCUUCAUUUCUAGUACAAACUGAUAAUGUUGGUAUUAAGGAUAGAUUAUCUUAUGAAGAGGUCCGUUUAGGAUUUUUAUAUCAUCAAGCUCUCAAGUUGAGAACAAAGGAAGUUGCAUCAGUCAAGUUCCUUCUGAGGAACCAAUUUGUUGAUGAAGCAACUUAG